AUGAAGCCAAUUUAUGUACUUAUUGGAGUUUUGCUCCUUACGACUCCCACCGUCGCGAAGCUGGACAUCCACAAUCAAUUUGGAAUUACACUGAUCGUGGAAAAAUUGCAAGAGACGCACGAUAACAUCUUCGCAGAAAAAGUAGUGAAUUCACCAGUUGCCAAUGAAACAGUGGAUCCUGACAACUCUGACGCUGCAGAUACCCCCGAUGCCUCUGACACCGCUAACGAUGCACAACCCGACUCUGAUGUAUCUACUAAUGAACAGCAACCAGAGCCUGAUGCCCUCGCUGAUGACGCACCUGAAACACCUGCUGGUGCCAACGACAAACCUGAGCCUCAGGUAGACAUCCCUAAUCGAUUUGGGAAUGCACCGAUUCGCACCGAUCUUGAAAAAAUUACGAUAGAUGCGUCAAAAAUUAUACGAUGCAAUCUUCGGAAAAAAGAAGUUGAUACCUCUGAAGGCUCCGAUGUAGAACCCGACUCUGAGGUAUCUACCGACGAUGGAGAAGCGGAACCUGAUGUCCCUAUUGACGUUGAUCUUGAAACACCUGCUGAUGACAACAUCGCCGAUGAUGAAUCACAAGCACCAGACGAAUCUGAACCCGAAUCUGCGGCAGAUUCUAACGACUCUGACGAUUCUGACGUCUCUAAUGCCUGUAAGGGUUCCGACACCUCUGAUGAUGCACGAUCCGACUCUGAUACUUCUCCUGGCGAUGCACAUCCGGAACCUGAUAUCCCUACUGACGACGGCCUGGAAGCACCUGUUGAUGACGACAACGCCAACGGAAAAUCACCAACACCUGGCGAAUCUGAACCCGAAUCUCCGGCAGAUCUAAAUAACUCAGAUGAUUCUGACGCCUCCGAUGUCUCCGAUGAUGCACAAACUGACUCUGAUCCAUCUACUGAAGAUGGACAACUAGAUCCUGAUAUACCUGCUGACAAUGCAACCUGCUGA